AUGUUUCGUCCCGUAUAUGAGUCGAAGAGAGCGAUGCUGGAAAGAAAGAGAUGCACGUACGUCACCCCGAGUCCGACACAGAUGGGGCGUGGCGUCCGACAGCCGUGCUCCAUGAGCUGCGGCCGCGGGGCCGUGCCCUCCUUGGCCUGCGCCGCCUGCCUGUGCCUCUACCACCCCGCUUGUCUGGGGCUGACGCACGCGCCGCCGCAUCCCUUCUUUUGCAAGAACUGCGACUCUUCAUCGCCCCGGGAUCCCCCGUCGCUGGUCCACAAAUCGGGGGUGACGACCGCGUCCGGUCUUCAAGCUCCCGUCCCCGUCCCGGCUUCGGUCCACCAGUCGGGCGACUCGGUGCCCGUCCCGAGGCUCGUCCCGGCUCCUAAAACCCAGAAGAACGACAAGCGUGUGCUGUUGCGGAUGAAGAUGUCCGGCGGCGCGGACGGGCAGAAAGUGUGGGCGGUGUCCCCGAGUGCGACUUCCGUCCCGACCCAAUCCGGCCCCGUCCCUUCGGCCCCGCCGACCUUAGCGGCGCCCCAAACCCCGAACGCCUCGUCCGCUGCGCUCCAGAGACACGCGUUACCGCAAUCGUUAGCCGUCAUCAACGGCCGACGCGAGAAAGUGACCCGUCGCGUGACGAACGGGGCUUCGCCGCCGCCCGCCGCGUUGCCUUCCCCUCGGCGAAGAGGCCGGACCAAAGCGGACGACGCGGCCCACUUCUCCAACUUCCACGCGAGCGCCCGGGAGAAGAAUUACAACGUCGCUCUGCAGAUUUUCCAAUACGUGGGCAUGCGGGACCUGGCCCGAUGCGCACGCGUCUGCAAGUUGUGGCAGACGCUGACGGAUACGCCCGCGCUCUGGAGACACGUCCGGAUGAAAAACUCACACGUCAGCGAUUGGGGCGGGCUGUGCGCGGUCUUAAAGAAGCGUUCGACGAAAUGGCUGGACUUACGAAAAAUGCUCCUCCCCUCCAACGACACGGUGUUCUGGGACCAAUUCAUCGAGAGCAUUGGCACGGUGGAUACCCUGGAACGGCUGGAGCUGUGCCGUUGCCCGGCUCGCGUGGUGGAAGCGGUGUGUCGACGGGUGAGCUCGUUGCGCGCCCUGUGUGCGCCCGCCAUCUGCGACACCGUGUUCGACCCCGAACCCUUGGCCGAGCUGCCGAGGCUAGAGCUGCUGAGGCUGAAGAGUCUGAAAGGCCUCUCCCUGACGCGCAACCUGCAACCUCUGAGCGCGUUGAGCAACCUCCAGCACCUGUCCCUCACGUCCAUAAAGGAGCUGGGCUGGUGCGCCUGCGAGGUGGUGGGCGAACUGGAGCAGCUGGAGUCGUUGGAGCUGGGCGAGUGCUCGUUCGGCAGUCCGUUCGCCGCCGCGCUCUCGAAGCUCGUCCGCCUCCGCAGGCUGAGGCUGGAGAGGGGCGUCCCGCACUGCGCGGCCUCGGCGCUCUUGAAGGCUCUGGCGUCUCUGCCGAAGCUCACCAGAUUGGAGCUGGUCAACUUUGACGUUAAGGUGGGCUUCGACGAUGCGUUGGCGGAAUGCAAAAACAUCCAGAGACUACUCAUCAUACCCACCUACGUGUCGCAGUCGGCGACCACCAACAAGCAGGUGCUGAGCGGCGUGCUCCGGCUGAAAGACACCCUGACGCACCUCAUGUGGGGCGUGACCAUAGAGUUGCUCCGCGUCACCGAGCUCUUCAUCGAUCAGUGCGAGGCGGGAGGGGAGGUGGAGGCCCCGGAGGGGCAGGGGGCGAGGAGGGAGCUCGGGGAGUGCAUACCCGUGUUGAAGCCCGUGCCCGGGUGCAGGCUGCCCGACGACUUGAGACACGUCGCCGGACCGCCGCAGGUGGAGAUCCUCCCCAUUCCCACGCUGCAGCGGCUCCUGUCGGCCCAGUUGCCGAACACGAAGCUGAAACUGCUGCGCAUCCCCUUCCACGCCACGUGGCGGCAGACGCUCGCGGACUUCCAGUAG